CAAAGAACCCGGUAGCAAUUUGGUUCCUGAGCGGAUGCUGGAGCUGUAAGGCUCCGUGCAGGCGGCUGAUUGUGGAUCGCAGAAGGAGGACGCUGGGGCCCGCCGUCCAUCCGCUGCUACUAUGAUUCCGGUGUCGCUGGUGGUGGUGGUGGUGGGUGGUUGGACUGCCGUCUACCUGGCCGACUUGGUGUUGAAGUCAUCUGUGUAUUUUAAACAUUCUUAUGAAGACUGGCUGGAAAACAAUGGAUUGAGCAUCUCUCCUUUUCAUAUAAGAUGGCAAACUUCAAUUUUUAAUCGUGCCUUUUACAGUUGGGGACGGCGGAAAGCAAGGAUGCUUUACCAAUGGUUCAAUUUUGGAAUGGUGUUUGGUGUGAUUGCCAUGUUCAGCUCUUUUUUUCUCCUUGGAAAAACACUGAUGCAGACUUUGGCACAAAUGAUGGCUGACUCUCCCUCUCCUUAUUCUUCCUCUUCUUCCUCUUCCUCUUCCUCUUCCUCUUCCUCUUCCUCUUCUUCUUCCUCCUCCUCCUCUCUUCACAAUGAUCAGGUGUUGCAAGUUGUGGUUCCUGGUAUAAAUUUACCUGUCAAUCAGCUGACUUACUUCUUCGCUGCAGUCCUCAUUAGUGGUGUUGUACAUGAAAUUGGACACGGUAUAGCAGCCAUUAGGGAACAAGUUCGAUUUAAUGGCUUUGGAAUUUUCCUCUUCAUUAUUUAUCCUGGAGCAUUUGUUGAUCUGUUCACCACCCAUUUGCAACUUAUAUCACCAGUCCAGCAGCUAAGGAUAUUUUGUGCAGGUAUAUGGCAUAAUUUUGUCCUUGCUCUCCUUGGUAUUUUAGCUCUUGUUCUCCUCCCAGUAAUCCUCUUGCCUUUUUACUACACUGGAGUUGGGGUACUUAUCACUGAAGUCGCAGAGGACUCACCUGCCAUUGGACCCAGAGGCCUUUUUGUGGGAGACCUUGUUACUCAUCUACAGGAUUGUCCCGUUACUAAUGUGCAAGAUUGGAACGAAUGUUUAGACACCAUUGCAUAUGAGCCCCAAAUUGGGUACUGUAUAAGUGCAUCAACGUUACAACAAUUAAGCUUCCCAGUUAGAGCAUACAAACGACUAGAUGGUUCUACUGAAUGCUGUAACAAUCACAGCCUCACAGAUGUGUGCUUUUCCUACAGAAAUAAUUUUAAUAAACGUUUGCAUACAUGUCUACCUGCCCGGAAAGCAGUUGAAGCCACUCAAGUUUGUAGAAGCAAUAAAGAUUGCAAAAGCAGCUCAAGCUCAAGCUUCUGUAUAGUGCCAUCCUUGGAAACUCACACUCGGUUAAUAAAGGUGAAACACCCCCCACAGAUUGAUAUGCUCUAUGUAGGGCACCCACUGCACCUUCACUACACAGUGAGCAUUACAAGUUUUAUCCCACGUUUCAACUUUCUAAGCAUAGAUCUGCCAGUAAUUGUGGAGACAUUUGUCAAAUACCUGAUUUCUCUUUCUGGAGCCCUGGCUAUUGUUAAUGCAGUGCCCUGCUUUGCCUUGGACGGUCAAUGGAUUUUAAACUCUUUCCUGGAUGCUACCCUGACUUCAGUGAUUGGAGACAACGAUGUCAAAGAUCUAAUAGGAUUUUUCAUCCUGCUUGGUGGCAGUGUACUUUUGGCUGCCAAUGUGACACUGGGACUCUGGAUGGUUACAGCACGGUUUUAUAUAUCACCAGACAGCUACAAUGCAGGGAACACUGUGUAAAUUUCAUGCACUUCGCCAAUACAGGCCACAUCUUUUCUUUUAUGGAAAUACUUAGCAAAAAGGUUAGUAACCAGGAGUUUGUUGGGCAACUAUACAAGUGGAACAAAAUAGAUUUAUGUUAUUUGGGAGACUUGUAGGAAAAUAUUCUCACACUAAAAACAGAGAUAUAGUUCAUUAUAUAAAAGAGGUUAAUGAAAAUAGCAAUUUAUUGAAAAAGUAUAUGUAUAAACUCAUAAGCUAUGCUUUCAACUUGGUAGUUAUUAAUAUUCUAAUGUUACUUCACUGGUAAUGUCAUAUGGCUCAGUUAAAUAUGACAUAAUUUAAACAAUUCCUGUUAUUAAAACAUUGAGGAAGAAAGGGUUUCUUUUGUUUGUACUACCAUAUCAUUGUUCAUCACUGAAGGAGGUCAGGAACUAACAUAGGGCAGGAACCUGGAGGUAGGAGCUGAUGCAGAGGCCACGGAGGGUGCUACUCACUGGCUUCUUCCCCAUGGUUUGCUCAGUCUGCUUUCUUAUAGACCCCAAGACCACCAGUCCAGGAAUGGCACUACCCACAAUGAGCUGUGUCCUCCUCUAUUGAUCACUAAUUAAGAAAAUGCCCUACAAGCCUGCCUACAGCCCCAUCUUAUGGAGAUGUUUGCUUAAUUGAGGGUCCACCCUCCUAGAUGACUUUACAUUUUGUCAAGCUGACAUAAAGUUAGCCAAUACAAUACAUAAAGGCAUUAAAAUAUACUUGAAAUAUUUGUUUAUAUCUAUGAUUAUAUGAUUACAUGUUGGUAAAAUUCUAGAGGAAACAUGGGUGUCUUGAAGUCUGACCACAGUUUUAUAUAUACACACUGUUAAAUUGAAUUUUUAUGUUAGGCAGAUUUGCAGAAUGGCAUCUUUAAUUUGCAUUUUUGAUUAAGAAAAAAUCAACAUUUCAAAAUGUGUUUACCUGUCAGUAUAUUUUGUUUAAACAUAUCCUUUUCUCAUUUUUAUUUUUGAAGUAUAUUUUUGUAAUAUUGUGUAUAAUAUACAUACACACACACACACUCACAUUCAUUCAGUUACAUAUUGGUGGUUUAUAUAUGUGCAGAUGUGUAAGCACAUGUGUUCUCAUGUAUAUAAUGGCCUGGGACUGAUCUCAGAAGUCAAUCGAAGCAAGGUCUUCCAGUUGAACUUAGAGCUUGCCAAUAGCUAGCCAGCUUCACAAAGGUUCCCAAGCGCAGGUGCCAUGUCCACUCAGUGGGGAUUAUAAAUCCAAUCACAUGCCUGCUGCUUGUGUUGUGAUUUAACCAUUGAACAAUGUUAUGUUGUAAGCGCUAUAACCAUUGAACAAUGUCCCCAGACCCCUUUCCCCAUUUUUCAUGGGAGGGAUUAGCUUUUAUCCCUUUUCUUCAACUUCAUUUUAGUACAAUGUGUAUCAUUUUAUACGCACACAUAUAUGUAUGUAAUAUAAUGUUGUGUAUGUUUUAUAUAUAUAUAAUAUAGUAAUAUAUUAUAUAUGUCACUGUACACCAUUGUCUGCUAUGCCUGUAUCUUUUUCACAUUUGAUGAUUCUGUUUUGAAAGUCUUCCCUAUUCCAAGAUUUUAUUAAUACAUCUUAUUUUAACAAUUUUAUGAUUUAAUUUUUUUAAUUGUUUAACCAACAUGUAUUAUAUUUGUGCUAUUGGGGACCUGCUCAGGAAGUCCUUUCCUAUGCCUCUAUCUGAUUCAUGGUACCGGGUUUCAUGUUGAGUUCCUUGAUCCAUUUGGAGUUGAGUUUUUUUAUAGGGUGGAAGAUAAAGAUCAAGUUUCAUUCUUCUACAUAUAGUGACCCAGUUUGACCAGCACUGUUUAUUGAAGAUGCUGUCUUUUCUCCAGUAUGUACUUUUAGCUUUUUUGGUUAAUUGGAUGGCUAUCAUAGUGUGUGCUUAUGUGUGUGUGUGCAAAUGUUCAAUUCUGUUUCAUUCAUCAGUUAAUCUGGUUUUAAAGAAAGGCUGCAAGAACAAAGUGGUAUGAAGGGUCAAAGUGAAAUAAUGAAACAGGAAGGGUUAAAAGGAGGGGAGGCUGAGAAGGCAAAGUAGAGAAGGGAACAUGGGAAGGAUAACAAAAUAAAGGCCUUUUAAAGAAGUCAUAGGGAAAUCUAUGGUAGAAGCUUCCUAAAAUAUAUACAUACACAUAUACAGAAACAGUUGCAAUCAGUCACCUUAUAUAAUGGGACAGAAUGCCCCUACUAGGACCACAGGCUAACAGAUGAAAAGUUCAAUGCCAUAAAUGCUUUACCACUUUUGAAGUUGAUUGCCAAUGAACUCCCAUAGACACCUCCCCCCAAAAAAUCACAGGCUAUUCCCAACACUUGAUUACACCCCAGAACUUGAAAGUAAGACCAUAUUACUGAAGAUACUAAAUACUUGAAUCAUAGAACAUGAGAUCAGACUGGUACAUUCCUGGAAGUUUCAUUCCCCACAAACUGGAUUUCAUAGUACUAUAAGGCUCUACCAUAGGAGAAAAAGUAAACAUCAAUCUUACCUAGCUGUGAACCUUAUUUACAAGGAAACAUUUUUCCAGACACCUAAAGUUGCACAUGUGAAUUCACAACAGUUGUGACAACAUACAGAUGACCUACACAGGCUCAAGCCAAGCAAAAUCCCGGAAUGGAAAGGGGAGGUGAGAAUGAAGUCCCACCCCCAGUAAGGACUUAUUGGCAGUUGAUAUCUGUUGGGAGAAGAGAGUCAGUUUUCCUUAAGGAUGUGGACCUAUCCACACCCAGAAGGUCACAUCCUAUUACUGAAGAUACUGAAUAUUUGAAUCAUGGAACAUGAGGAAAUCAAGCUGGGACACAGUGUAUAUGGGCAGCACAAAUUGUAAUCUAUAUUUUAAAGAGAGGUCACAAAAUUUGGUGGGUAUAAAAUAGAAGUGGGUUAGAAAAGGUAUGGAAGGGGGUAAAUAUGAUAAUGCACUGUAUGAAAUGUGCAAAGAACUAAUACAUAUGAGGAAAAAAUACAUCAUCUAUAAAAAUGCGUAUCAUUAGUUUUGUGGAGAGAAUAAAUAUUAGUAAUGUCUUCCCUCUUAUUUAGAGAAAAUAUUUGUUAUUUGCAUAGGUAGUAACUUUUCUUUUUUGAUUCAGUAAUAUAGUAAAAUAAUUAUAUAUAUAUAUGUUUCGACUAAAUAGAGUACUUACCUUUAUCUUUAAAUAUUUUUAUAAGAAUAGUGUUUCUUAAACUGUACAAUUUAGCAGACUUGAGAUUCUUCAUAUCAUAUGCAGUGAUUGAGAAGUAUUCCUUCCAUUAGCUUCUUAAUGGAAAUAAUUUUCUUCUUAUAUUUCAAAUCUUUUUUAAUACCUCUAUUUGUGAACUGUUUAAUAUUAGCCUUUAAAGAUUAAUUAUUCGUUAUUAGCUGUGUGUGUAGUGAUGCAUGCCCUUAACCCUAGCACUCCUGUGGCAGGCAGAUCACUCAGUUCAAGGCUAGCUUUUUCUACAUAGCAAAACCCUGUUUGAAAUUUUUUUUAAAUUAAUUUUUAGGGGUCAAGAGAGAUUGCUAAGUAGUUAAGAACCAAUGCUACUCUUCUAGAACUCCCGAGUUUUAUUCUGAACAUCUAUGUUAGAUAAGUCACAACCAUCUGUAAUUCCCACUCAGAGGGGUCCAACAUGUUCCUCUGGUCUCUAUGGACUUUGAUACUCACCUCCCCCCACCCUCCCCCCCCUCUCUCUUUCUCUGUCUCUCUCUCUGUCUCUCUCUGUCUCUCUCUCUCUCUCUCUCUCUCUCUCUCUCUCUCUCUCUCUCUCUCUCUCUCUCUCACACACACACACACACACACACACACACACACAAA